CAGGACAUGGAGUCGAGGGAGGAAUCUAGUUCACUUACAACCAACCAAGAGGCUUUGAAUUUCAAACUUGAAUUCAAACCAAACUUAGAUUCGCAAACCAUUAUCAACAACUUCUCUGGCGAAUUUGAGGACCUUACUGAGUUGCCGUUGCCUUUUGAGGGAUUUUCUGUUUUUGACGAACCCACCACUUUAUUUGCCACCACUCAGAGCCAACCAACAUCUGUAUUUGAAUCCACAGAAAGCCAAUCAUCAACAGCCUUCCCUUCCACGAAGAGUCAUUCAACAAAUGUCUAUGGAUCGACACUGAACCAAGAGACAACAGUGUUUGAAUCCCCUCAAAGCCAGCCCACAGUAGUUUUUGAAUCUACACAAAGUGAACCAAAUGUAAAAGUUGCUUCCACUCAAAGCAAGAGUCCAACCACUUCUGAAUCAACACAGGCAACGGUGAAUACCACCCCGUUUUCAAUAACUGACUCUACCACAUACUAUCCAGUCAACCCAAGUGCCAAACCACUCUCAAUCUUAAGCAAUUCCAUUAUUGAGCAAUCAUCAACCAAAAGUGAACCCAAGUUGGAUUCAGACUUGGUGUUGUUGGAACCUCACUUUGUCAAGCCAACUUUGGCAUCAGAAGGAAUAGAACUGGAGGCCAAAAUUCAUGAUGCUUACAAAGAUCAAAAAUUUGUUGGUGAGACAGUCCCUCCCACUGUUAGCACAAUUUUUCCCACAACGACAUCCAUCCCUAGACCUGUAAUUGUCAGAACCCGUUUCCGAUCAACCAUGGAACCUACAACAUCACCAAGAUCAGUUACCUCCACAACUGCUCGGUCAUCCACAGAACGGACAUCUCGCAAGUUCUUUAGAAGUAGACGACCAUUGAAUCGACAAAAUUUUCUCAGGAAUAAAAUUGAAGAGUUGGAGGCUCCAAGUACCCGGAGUGAAGAGUCUAAUGAAGUACCAAAUUCAAGUACCGAGAUGGCAAUAACAAUGACAAAUGGCUUUGAGUCCUUGCGUACAAGUCGCAAGAAAAAACCGUCAGCACAAGAAGAUAUUGAAAUCUUUAAUGGGGUCAGUGUGGUGCAAAUUCCUGCCAACUUGAAACGUCAACCUGAAUCAAUAGUCAUUGAACCGAUAUUUGAGGAAGUUCCCAAUGGAUCAGAAUCUCUUGAAGAUGUCUCGACGGAACAAUCAUUCACAGUUGUUAUUGAAGAAGAAAGUGAAAAAUCCAAUUCACCAAUAAGAAUAAGACCAACAUUUCCAAACCGACCAACUUCAAGAAAGGUGGCGACUGUGAAGAAGAAACGUCCAAGACCAUUAACAGCCAUAAGAAGGCCAGUAAUAAGAAAUCAGCAAACUCAAAAGGAAACGGUGAAAAGACUGCUCAAAAACCUGCGAAAACAUCGUCAAAAAAUAAAAGCGCGGAAAGAAAUACUGAGAGAGGCUGCACCAAUUGAAAGGAAAGAAGUUGCCAAGGAACGUCCUUCAAAGACCAUACAAAACUCUCGUCAAACAGAUUCUAAUUCAUUUGUAAGAAGUACCAAUGCUCCAGACAAAUCAUCAUUAUCAUCUCUGCCGCCAGCAAUAUCCAUCAACACAAAAUUAACCGGAAUUACUCCAAUCAUUUCGCCUUCUCCUAUCUCAACAACGACAGAAACUGUCACAGAGGCUGCAACUUCUCCAUUUACCACCCCUGAUACAACUGCUUCCACAAGUUUCAAAGUUGCCAACACUACCACUAUAGCCUCAACGGCUUCUUUAUCAACAAGGACUACAGCUACAACAGCCCCAUCAAUUGCAACAACUUCAACAACAUCAAAAGUAGCUACGGCAACUGCCAACACGACAACAGCAACAACAACAACAGUAUCAACAACCACGGCGACAGCAACAACAACUACGACAACAGCAACCACGACGACAACAACCACGACAGCAACAACAACUACGACAACAGCAACCACGACAACAACAACCACGACAGAAACAACCACGGCAACAACAUCAGCAUCAACUACAUUUAUAACAACAAUAAGUGAAGGAACAACAACGACGAAUACAUCAACAUCGACCACGGCAGCAACAUCAAAAGCUGAUUCCCCAAUCCCUGCAAGAUCAACAACAACCGCAUCAAGCACUACAAAAACAUCAGCAGUAACAUCUGAAGCUCCCACGACAUUUUCAACUAUUGAUCUAGAGGAUGAGGAAGUCACUUCACCAUGGCCUACACCAUCCUCCACCUAUUUUCCAAUUACCGGCGAUUCCCUUGAGACAGAGACGGAUUUGGAAACGAUAGCCAGUGCUUCUACCUUCUCAUUUCCAAAUCCCGUCAAUGACAUUCGAAUUGAUACUGAUCUUCAAUUCAAGCAAAGCAACUUGGGCGGAUCACUAGACGACUUGUCAAUGGAGAGCGUCACUUUGGAACCGCAACCAUUAACUGGUCUUCCAAGUGAUGACUCCAAUCCCUUUUCGGUGAAACCUAGGAGACCGCCUCUAUCAAGGUUGGAGGAAUUGGACUCGAUUGAAAACGAAAAUGAAGAGGAAUCUAUAGACCUCACUGAUGCCACUCUAUCUUCUAGGGAGAGGUUCAAGUUGCAACUACUAAGAAAUAAGUACAGGCGGCAGUCUUCUCAUGAAGCCUUAUUUUCCAAGAAAAGUUUUAAGUCAGGCUCUGAUGAAUCGUCUGGUGUAUCUGGGCCUAGUUCAAAGCACCCUACCCACAACAGGGUUGGUUUGAGUCGUCUAAAUAGCUUUAUGCAGAGAAACUCGAAAGAGCUAAAAUCAUUGUCAUCAGAAUCAAUCACACGGAAGACUUCUACGGAGGCUCCUCUAUCUACCACAGAACCCACCAUGAAUAAGUCUUCCAUUUUGCAAGAUAAAAUCAAAACGCAUCUGGAAAACAUUGAAAAAGCUGCUAGGAGAGUAUUAAGCCAAAGGAACAGAAGAAGGCCAAGUUUUUUUGGUCGCCAUUCGCGCACGACUAAAAGCGCCACAAGUACCACCACGCCAAAAACAACAACGACGAUGACGACAACAACAGCAGCAUCAACAGUCUCAAUCAUGACAGCUUCAGAGAAAUUUAGCCCAGAAAUAAUGGAUGUUGGUGAGAUCAAAAAGACUAUGAACACUGACAAAUCUGUGGGUGUGUAUGAAUCGUCCACCACAACAUCAAAAUCGACUCCAGAGAUGGAGUCAUCCACAGUAUCCAAUAAUAAAGCAGAUUCAUCAGCAGGUACUCUUCGGGCAGAUGUCAAUUCACAAAACCUGGAAGUUGAGGCCUUCACCACUGAAUUCUUCACUCAUAUUCCAACAGAGCAACCGUUUUUUAGCCCAGAGGUUGUGAUAAGUAGCCAUGAUCCUUUGGCAUUGAAUAGUGGCGAUGAAUCUCUGAAUGAGCAUCAGUCAUUAUUGUUCUAGUCCAACAAUCACUUUUCAUUUACAAGAGCAUCUAACCUCAAAUCAUGUAACUCCAAGUCAAAAAAUGCGUUGUGUUGAGUGAAAAUAAACCCACAAUGUGUGCUGCCAUAACUUAUUUCAGUUCCUCGAUUUUUGAUUUCUAGUAAUUAUA